AAAAAAAUGACAACGAUGUCCGAUCUUCCAGAAGAUUUGACAAAAGAGAUAUUCUCUAUGGUUCCAUUGACAUCCCUAAACGCAGUGCGAUCCACUUGUAAAAAUUGGAACUCUAUCUCUAAGUCUGAGGUUUUAUGCGAAUCAGCAGCAAGAAGGAAGCAUUUUCUAGGGUUCAUGAUGAAGGAUUUUAGGGUUUGCUCGAUGAAGUUUGAUCUCCAAGGAAUCCAAAACGAAGCAGACUUCGUUGAUCCAUCUAUAAAGCAAGUAAGUGUACUUGACCAAGUAGAGAUCUCUCAAAUCUUUCAGUGUGAAGGCUUAUUGCUAUGCGUCACCAGAGACCAGUCAAGGCUCUUGGUGUGGAAUCCUUAUUUGGGUCAAACAAGGUGGAUUCAACCAAGAAACACUUUCCUAGGUGGAGAAAAAUACGCUAUUGGAUAUGACAAGAACCAUAACCACAAAAUCUUGGGGAUUUUAGGUGACUAUAAAAGCGGUUACAUGGUUCUUGGGUAUGAAAUCUUCGAUUUGAGCUCUAAUACAUGGAAGGUUUCUAAUGUCAAUCACAACUGGCAUAUAGAUUAUUAUCAACGUGGUGUGUCUUUGAAGGGACAUACUUAUUUUUUGGUUGAAGAGAAAAUAAGAAUAGGUGAAACAAACAAUAAUACUGAUUGUAUACUCUCUUUUGAUUUUACGACAGAGAGAUUUCGGAAACUGCUGCCUAUGCCGUUUAAAUCUCAUUAUUCGGAUAAAGUUGUCUUAUCUUGUGUCAGAGAAGAGCAGCUAGCUGUAAUAUUACAUUACAGCAGGGUGAUUGGUCAAGCAUUGGAGAUUUGGGUCACAAUAAAAAUUGAUCAUGGUGAGGUUUCGUGGAGAAAGUUCUUGAGAGUCACCUCUAGCUGUAUUCGUGAUAUUAAACCUGGGAGUUUCUUCGUUGAUGAAGAAAAGAAAGUUGUUUUGGUUGUCGAUCUAUUGUAUAAAAGAUGGAUCGUGACUGGUCUCAACCAAAGUGCCCACAUACUUGGACCAGAUAGAUACUUCAAAUCUGUGAAUAUUGGAAAGACUCGGUAUAUUGGAAAACGAAGCAAGCAUGGAUAUAUGAUCAAUGAAUUAUGUCGCACACAUGCAUGCUCUUCUUAUGUUCCAAGCUCAGUGCAACUACAAACCAAACCAACCGGUAAAAUCAGAAGAAAGUGAAAAUUAAUUAGUUCUAUGUACAAUACUUAAUUUGCAUCAAAUAUCUUCGGAAAACUAUUAAUUUCUGUGUUUGCUAUAUAUCAUCUAAUAAAGAAUUCGGCUUUUGAAUGUUUUAGCCUCUUCGUUCAUGUCACUUGGAUAUGUAAUCAAAC